GACAAGUCUACCAUCAUUUCAGUGGAAGUUGCAAGGACAUUUGUGAAUGAUCUAGCAUUGCAGAAAGAAAAGGUCAACAUUCUUAUUCCGGGUGCUGACAUCAAAAAUGUUAUUGGAGAAGGAGAUGAUAUCAUACAAACGCAUGUGGAAUCAGGUAACAUAACAGCCUACCUGUCAUCUAUCAUCCACCCUGACAGAAGAGUCUUCACAUUUGGUGUUACACCACAAUCGUAUGAACGACUGGAGUCCAAGAUGGAACAAAUGAGUGCACACAACGUCGACCUCUUGGAAGAGCAUUUCCUGGAUGCAGUGCCAAAUGAUGAACGUUUCAAGAAAGUCAAAAUCAUAGUUAUCAACGUUCCCUGCUCGAAGUCUGGUAUAGUCAACCCAGUGGACUUUAUCCUCCAAGAAGGCGUUUCUGCAUCUAUCAAGGAUCUCGCUCAAGGAACACUAGAUAAUAGCAAAAUACGAGGACUUGCUUUUCAGCAUCUCGGGAUCUUAAAACAUGCUAUGAAAUUCCCAUACUUGCAAGGAAUAAUAUACAUGACAAGAUCUAUUCACGAGUACGAGAACUAUGAUGUGGUGAAGAAGGCUUUGGAGGAGACCAGAGAAGAAAGCGCAAAGCAGGGAUCCUUUGAAGUCAUACAAGCAUUACCUAAUGUGGCCAACCGCUUGAAACAAGUGGUAAGGCCCUCGUAUGAUCCAUCAGAUGAGCAGGCAAUGUACAAAGUUGAUGGAAAAUAUAUACGAAUGGAGCCAUCGUCGUUCAUGAACGGAGGAUUCGUCGCGUUGCUGAAGAAACAGAAAGUGGUAGAGUCUGCACACGAUGUCCUGGAGAGAGCAGCCAAAAAGGGCCUAAUGAAACCAGCUAAAACCAAAACCCCACGCGCACAGAGCGGCAAGACAAAGCGUCUAGAACAUGCCCACAAGCCACGUCCUACCCCAUCACUGCCGAUGGCCAAACUAUCGAUAACAGAAAAACCCGCUGUGGUAAUAUCAGAUUCUGAACUCGAUACUGAUGUCAAAAACCCGCCAAGGAAAUCUUCGACUAAAACUAAAAGUUGGCAUGGCUCGGAUGAGAAUGUGUCAGAAGUUAAGGAAAAGGGUAUUAAGGCUAAAAAAUCUAACGAGAGGAAAUUUAAAUUUUAAAACCGAGAAAAGAAAGAGGGGACUAUACUGUCUUUCAAGGUCAGGAAUUCCUUGGGUGGGUGG